AUGGGAAUUCUCGCCACUUCGACGACGAACGACUCCAUCAUUAGACCAGUGGGAUUUUACAUUGUCGGAUUUACAUCUUUAAAGUUUUCUGAUUUAUAUUUCAUUUUCCUUACAGUCGUUUAUAUUGUAACGGUUUUGUCCAACUCCAUUAUCCUUUUCAUUAUAUUGACAGAUCAUCGCCUACACACUCCAAAGUACCUUGCUGUGGCUAAUCUGGCGAUCGUCGACUUGAUCUUCAGUACAGCCUUUAUUCCUGGUAUGAUCAAGGCAUUUCUCGUGAAAGAUAACUUUAUGCCCUACAAUGCAUGUCUGACACAGAUGUUUUUUUAUUUGUGCUUUCUAAUUUUAGAGUCGUCUUCACUCAGUGUCCUUGCCUAUGACAGGUUCAUUGCGAUAUGUUUCCCAUUGAGACAAAGCUCUAUCAACACCAGCAUUGUCAUGAUCACAAUUUUAGUUACUGUUUGGUCAUUUUGUGUAAGCAUUGGUUUAUUAUUAGUUUCAAUCGUGACCAGACUGUCUUUCUGUAAUUCUCUCAUUGUGGAAAGCCAUUUUUGUGACUACGGCCACGUUUUCAAACUAGCUUGCAAUAACAGUUUGCAGUGGUCUACUAUCCCGACACUGUUUUUAUUUGUUGUGUUUGGGAAUUUUAGUUUAACUGGCAUGUCAUAUGUCUGUAUUUUGACAGCCGUGUUUAGAAUGAAAAGUGUGGAGAGCAGACACAAAGCACUUGUAACUUGCACAGAACAUGUCAUUCUCGUGGCAAUUUUUUACGGUCCGUUUUUGACGGUGCUCCUCAUUGAGCUUAUCUUAUUCAGCAAGGAAAGGGAUGGUAUUACACUGACCUUGUCGCUAGCAUCAGCCAUACCACCCUGUGUGAACCCAAUUGUGUAUUCCCUGGCAACCAAAGAAAUCAAGAACAGAAUACGGACUAUGUUUCAGAAAGUCAAAGUAGCAGCGUGGGCAGGGCAGGCAUAG